CAAGACAAGAAGCAACAAAUGGAAACUAACAAAGAGAGAAGCAAUCUAGAACUAAAGAGAAAUUUUCUGACAGUUAAAACAAGUAAUCAGUGGAACAACCAGCCUCCAGAAGCUGUGAAUGUGAGUAGUAGCAGUGUUAAGUUAGAAAUUAUUAAAUUUGUCACAUAUUUAUAUAAUAAAAGGCUUCCCUAAAAAUGCAGAGGAAAUAAGCAUACUCUUCUUGUUAGUUUCAGUAUUAUUUCCAAAAGCCAUCACAGUAUUUUAAUAAAUGUAAGUUAAAGAUGUCAGAAUUCUUGCAUUGCUACUUAAAUUGAAGUAGAUUGGUUUAAAUGUGUGGUGUUUGUAUUGUCCAUACAAAAUUUGACUUUUUACUGCUAAACAUGAAGGAUAAUUACCAAUAAUUACCAUUUUCUCUAUAUAAUUUCUAUAUUUUUUUUCAUUAUUUCUGCCCACUCUUUUAGCUUGGCUUCAUAAAUGAAUUCUAUAUUCCUUCCAUUUUUCAGUACUAAUAGACAUACUGAUAUAUUGCAUCACAUAUAAUUUCUAUACUAAAUCAAAAUAUUUAUUUUUAAAAUAAUUUAGUAAUUGAAUUUAAUUGAAGAGAUAAUUUUAUGCAAAAUAAUAUGUUUGGGGAUUCAGGGUUUUGUAUAGUGCUAUAUUUGCACCAAAAGAAAUCAAAAAGCUAUUGCUAUUUUUUUGCUUUUAACAUGAGAAUAGUAAUGUUCUUUAAAGUUGGAAGGAAAUCCUCUCAUGUCGGAGAGUAGAAGAGAAAGAACUUGCAAGUGAGAGAACAGAACAGCUGUCAGGAUAAAGUGCCAUAUAGAGGUGUCUAUAGAGAGAAUUAUCACAAAUUGAGAUAUUAUUAAAUGGAAGGAAGUUCUUCCACAUAGAGUUUUUGAAAUGGACGUUUUUUAAAAAAUCAAAGUACAUAACAAUUGUAUUUUGAUUGCAUUUGCACAAUAUGUUAUCUAUAUUUUUGGAACUGUAGAUCAACAUUAAAAUUCUGAAAUAAAUAGAUUGUCUCCUUUCCUUUGAGUGGAAGAUUUAUUGCAUAACUUAUUGUUUUGGGAAUAGGUAGUAUUUCUUCAAAUCUCAUAUGCAAGAGAAAUACUGUGAUUUCUCAGAAUAUUAAGAGGCAGAAUGGUUAUGGAAAAAUCAUUGCAAUCUGUUCAGUAGAAUAGAGAUUUCUUUAAAUUAACAUGUAGGCAAAAUGUCUGACCAUUUGAACAUUAAGCAGAGGCAUAUUUUCAAAUACAUGAAGUGUAUUUGAAAAUAUGUAUCAGAAAAAGAGCCUAUGUAGAAAAUGCACUGCAAUUAGCUAGCUAACUUAAAAGUAAGCUGAACAUAAUAUGCAACAUAAGGAAAAAUGGAAGUUUUCUAGGAGUAUUUAUACAUUUAUAUGUACAGUAUGUGUAUGUGUGCAUUGGAGAAAAGAAAGAUAAGUCUUCUUCAGUUUCUUGAAUAAUCUGUUUUGUGUGUUGUUUUGUUCCUGACCAUGCAUACACUUGCUGUCCUUAGGGCUAGAGGAGUUUUCUAUAUGGUAAAUUAAUAAUUUUAAAAAAUCAUUUAAUUUCUUGAUCAUAUUCUCAAAUGUGUUUUAAUCUAUAGUUAACUGAUUGCUUACUGUAGAACAGUUGUAGCCUAGAGAGUUCUAUAAUUCAGAUAGAUGGACUUUUGAUAUCAUGUGAUUGCAUACUAUUAAAAUAUAAACUCUAAAUGUUGGUAGAUGAAAGAUAAUAUGUCUAUAUGGGCUGAAUACAGCUAUUGCAUUCCUCAUGUCUUGUUUGAUCCAGAAAUUAUAUGAGGAUGUUCCCCAAAACUGCAAUAUCUAUCAUGGUGAAAGUGAAAUUAUAAUAAAAAAUGAAGAUGCACGAUUUAAUGUCAAAAUAUAUAUGUAAGAUAUUUAGUGGUAUAUAUUUUUUUCUUUUCAAGAGCUCAGCUGUCCUAUCCCAUUCAAGAUAAUUUUAUCAAUUUCUCAUCAUCUGCCAUUAUUUUUUGAUACAUUACAUAAAAUACAUUUUUGAUGUAAAGAUAUAUGCAUAAUCUAUUGUUGAGAUUUCAUGUAUCAGAAUAUAACAUUAUUGCGUUAGGCAAUUUUUAAUUAUAUUCAUGUGUGAAACUCUAGAGAGAUAGUCAUACGAAUAAUUCUUUUCCACAAUUUAUUUCAUAAACUACUUUUUCCUUUAUAAAACAAUAUUGAGGAAAACAUGUUUUAUAUCAUUUGAAUAGUAUGAUUGUUACUUUUGUCAUGAACUGCCACAUCGGAAGACUGCUAUACGAUACGUCUUGCUCUUGGAUCAAUGGAUCUGUUAAUAGAGGAAGGAGGAAAUUGGCACUACUGUUCAAAUAUUCUAAAGCAGACAUUUUCUUUACACCAGGGACAAGCAAUGAGUGUAUCUCCAUAUUUCCCUAGUGGCAGACUUCUAAGAGCUCAGUCCCUGGAAUGGUAUUACAAUAAUGUGAAAAGUCGCUUCAAACGUUUUGGAAGUGCUAAAGUUCUGAAGAAUUUAUAUAGAAAACAUCGCUUGGAAACUGGAACUUGCUGUGACAUACUAGAAACAGGACAUUUUUAUGAAGCAACCACAGUAAGUGAAGAAAACAAAUGUGACAGUGAUUCUGUUUUCUACAAACAGACAGAAGGAUAUAGCAUGUUAAGCACUGUUGCUGUAGCCUUGCAUGUUGCAGAAGAAGUAAUAGAAGAAGCUAUUUCCAAAGCAGAGACCUACAGUGACAGCUUGGACAAACAGCAUGAAGCUUGCUACUUGCAAGAUCAUAAAGAAGAACUGAUAGAAGAGCUUGCUACCACCAUUCUCCAGAAGAGAUCCCAGUCUGCAUUUUCACUGACUAAUGAAGCUACAGCCCGAGACCCAAUUGUCACAUCUACAAUGUUUGAAUCUACCUUGAGGGAAGCAAAAGGCCAAAACAAAAAACAAAAGCACAGACUAUCUACAUUUCCCAGCUGGAAAAGUGUGGACCAAUUAAACGAACCAAAUAAAGAUUUUCCUCCUAUUUUACAAAGUACAGAUGGAAAUUGGGUAGCCUUGCAAAAUGCCAUUUUGCCUUGUCCUCGAAUUCUUGCCAAACCUAAGAGCCAAGUGUUCAAAGCUUUGGAGGAAGAAUCCAGUGUUGUAUCUGCUUAUGAUGAGAUGGGCUCAGAUAGCGAAGAGAAUGAUGACUGGAAUGUGACUUUGAACAAGCUAGAGCAGAGGCCUCAGGAGCUUUCAAAUUAUGUUGAAGCUCAGCACAAUGCUGAAUGGAGUUGUGGCAAUGAAUUAUACCAGUCUAUGACUUCUCCGUCACCUAAGGGGUUUAAUAUUGAGACAGAAUACUCUGAUUCAGAAAUAUCACCUGUCAAUUCUUCAAGGGAACCUAUAGCAUCUAACCUCUCAGGAAUACAUAAAGAAAUUUGUAACAAUAAAUACAGAGAGGAAAAAGAAGAUUUGAACGAAGAAUUGGAUAUGAAUUUUAAUCCACAGGCUACCACUUUAAACUAUUCAGAUAGUAGUGAAAAUGAAGAAACCUAUCAUGACUUUGAAAAGACAUCAAGGACAUGUGAAAAAAGCAGUGUUCUCUCUGAAGAUUUAUGCAAAAGCAAAAAUUGCACAAAACCACCCAGGAACUUGGGUACAUAUCAGGUUUUUCAUGAUUUAUCAAAAAUUAACAUCAGCUCUGACGACCAACAUCAACAAAGUAAAGUAUUCUCUAUGGAAGAAAGGAUGAAGGCAAGGUUAUCUGAAUUAUCAAUAAAAAUGAAAAAUAGUAGAGAAACUUCAGAGGAAGAGACAUCAGAAUUAAGAACAGCAAAUGAGAACCAGAAAUCAGGCUUAGCUUCAGAAAGCAAUAGCAAAUGCCUCCAAGAAGAGUUUAAAAAGAAGUGUUCUGCAGCCUCUCUCUGCAAUAUAUCUACUGAAGUCCUAAAAGUAAUCAAUGCAACAGAGGAAUUCAUUGCAGAAUCCAUAAAGCCAUGUGAUUUCCCAGAAGAAACAUAUGAAAGAGGGAACAGAGAAUUCCCAUUAGGCACAAACCUUAUCAAACUUGAUGGGCAGCUCACAAUGUUGGAAGAAAAUGUCUAUCUGGCAGCUGGCAGUGUGUAUGGCCUAGAGAGUCAGCUAAAUGAACUUGAGGAUACAACUCGUAAAAUUAACAGCAUUACUGCAGAAACUGAACUGGCUGAUCUAGAAGACCAAGUGGCAACAGCUGCAGCACAAGUUCAUCAUGCAGAGCUUCAGAUUUCAGAUAUUGAGAGCAGAAUUUCAGCCCUUUCAGUAGCAGGCUUGAAUGUGGCUCCAUAUGUUCAUUUGACAAGAAGACGUGAUCACCAGACAAGUCAGAUGCAUACAAUAGACACAUCCAGACAGCAGAGACGAAAACUUCCGGCUCCACCAAUGAAAGCUGGCAAAUGUUUUUCAGGUGAAAACAUGGAUGCAUCUCCAGUUAUUCCUAUUAGAACAUAUAACAGGAAUUUCAUACUCCAAGGAUCUCUGACACAAAGAACAAAAAAAGAAAAAAAGAUCACUGCCAAGGAUUUGAUGGAACCAACUAUAGGGUCUUCUGCAAUGUAUUAGAAUUACAAAAUUCUACUGCCAAUGACACACUGCCUAAGGCUGCACACUAGAGUGCCUUUAUAUAACAGCCAUUAUAUACAUCCAGUAAAAAAAAAAGAUUCUUAAGAACCUAUAAUGCCUCAGUAAUAGGGCUUUGUUUGGAUACCUCGUUGAGAAAGAUAUUCAAGAUGUUCAAGUCUUCACUAUUGUGGUCUGCUCAUCAAAACUCUGCCUUAAAGUUCUAAAGAGACUCCAGGAAGUACACUAAGGUUCAAGGCUUCAUAUUUUAAGAUGCAUUUUUAUUCAUUCUAUCAAUUAUGCUAAAGGACAUUACCUUUAGAUACAGUCUGUUUUUUAUUAUUCUCAGUUCUUCAAUUAAUAUUAGUUAUUGUCUCAUUUGAAGGUAAAAGAAAAUUUUAAAUUCUAUUCUAUUCUGUGAUACAUAUUUCCUGGGAUCUUACUGUUCAGAUAUUCAGUCAUUUAUGACAUUAUCAGAGCAAUAAGAAUUCCAGGAAUAACUGGUAAUCCUGAAAUAAACUGUGGAACAGGAUGGCCAGAAAGGAGGUUGAAAGCAUUAAAAAAAAAAGCAUUUUCCAUUUGUAAUUUCUACUUGUAUUCCACUAUGGCAUAUUCUGCUAGUUAUCAUACAAAUGUCCUAACUUCAUAUCAGUAGAAGAAUGUAUUUGCUGAUUAAAUAUACUUUCAUCUAAAUUAAUUGAAAUCUCUUCCAUCCUCAAGAAAUAGUGAAGCCAGUUGCAGACCCAGCUGUAUUCCCACCUGAGAUAGGUUCUAAUCUCACCUGUUAGAACUCAAAAUCUAGCAUUUUAAAAUCUAUUCCAAAAGGCAGGUUUCAAAUCAAUAUGCAUUAUUCCAUCUCCAGUUAUAGAAACUUAUUCAAUUAUAAAGAAUAUGUAAUCAUUCUAUUAACGUUUCAUAUUUCUAAAAGUGUAUAAUCAUGUGUUUGAAGUCCAGAAUGUGAGAGUGCCCUUUAGUGCAUAUAUAAUCUUGGCUCUUUUGUUUAUAUCAAAGCUUGUAAAAACAGAUUUGGAAGCUCAGCCUCUACAAAAAUAAUUUGAAGAAAUGGUUUGGCUUAAGUAUCUUUAAUUCCCAAAACAUAGGCAAGUGAGACAUUUCAUUAAUUCCCCUGGCUGGUAUUACUAAAACUGGCCAAUGGUUUAUAUGUUAUCAGCUGCAUGAACAAAAAUCUAGACAACAGAAUUGAGCAUAUUGGAAGUUUCAAAACAACAAAUAAUAAUAAUUUAAAUUUUGCCUGAAUGCAUACAAAGAUAGUUUCCAUGUUUGGCUUUAGAGUCAGUCAUGAUGUCUACAUGAUUGCACUUUUGUGCUCUGUUUUCAUAAGAACUUAUAUAAAUAGCACACCAAUUAACACUUUAAAACAUUCAUUUCAUCCAGAAAGCAUGAAUUAGCUAGGAAAAAUUCAAAUCUUCAUCACUUUUGAAACGUCUUUAAAAAGAGAUUUAGCAGUACUGAAAACAAUGUCUAGAAAUUAGCCCUGCUGAUUUUAAUUGGAGCUACUUCUGACUACAAUAAGUCUAGGACAUUAUUAUACAACUAUAGGACUGCACCAUUGAUAGUUCCAUUAAUUUUGUUGUGCAUUUCCUUGUCACUUGUCUAAAAUUUCUAUGGUAUUUGGUUGUUUGGUUUUUCUUUUUUCCCAGACAAAAUUAUGUCAUAUACAGCAUGCAACUGUUGUUUGUCUUUUGUGGAAUAACUAAUCCGAUGGCAGGAUUUUGUCUACAAUAUAGAGAUAUCCAUAUAGUGUAUAACCUAGUAAAUGUUCCUCAGCAAGAUUGGGCUCCUAUACUAUUGUAAAUUACUCACAUUCAAUCCAUACUUUUUUCAGUGUUUGUGCAAGAUUGACUCCCACUUUCUGCAGAUCUAUGUUAAUUGAAUGAAAUGACAGGUGGUUUACAUAUUUAUUCAAUUACACUAAUAGCUAAUAUUGUGUGUGUAAUAUUGAAUCCAACAUGACUAAUUUUAAUAGAUAAUAUAUUUUGGCUUUUUUCUGUUAAUGUGAUAUAAAGAAAAUGAGUAUGGAAUAGAAUGUUCCAUAAGAGGCAUGAAAAGCAACUACUGUGUUUAAAAUUUAUAUUAUUCAGUCUUUUUUGAGAAAAAUGUUUCCUGUUUAGGCAUUGCAAAAAAAAAAAAAAAAAAGAGGGGAAAAAAAUCCCUCCCUCAAUGUAUACCAUUCCGGUUUUUACAAAACUUUACUUGUGCCAAAUGUACAAAGAAUUAACUUACUGUUUAAAAGAAAUAAUAAAAUGUGUAUGUUACAACAUAAAAUAA